AAUAGUUGGUAUGACACAUAACCUAGAAAUAUUUAACUUUCAAAACGACUUGUGGAUGGGAAACGUUUUGUUGUGAUUAUUAUGUAAAAUACAUGCGACCCGCCAGGAAACGCUUGAGCGCUAUUUUAAUUUCUUUGACUUAAUAUCUAUUCUCGAAUCGUUCUCGUUAACUGGAAAAUAAUUAAAAACAUAAUUGUGUAUUUCAUAACUCUCUGCAUUUAGAAGAAAACUCAUGUACAACUUAAAUCAGCAUGUGUUUGAUUCUACAUUCCUAACAAACACGUUCGUUAGCAGAAUAAAUGUGAACAUUGUAAAUAUACGAAGAAAUAUAUUCUUCUCGUCCACGUUUAAGUUUUAUAUUUGUACAGAGUGAGAUAACCUUGGGAAGUUUCAGAUAAAGAUUUAAGUUGGAAAAUGUUGAAUGAUUGGAGUAAACAUACUUUUUGAAAGGAUGUUUUGAUGCAAAAUAGCUUCCUUAAAUGAUUUUAUUAUACAGACACAAUGAUUUUAAUCAAAAUGGGACAAUAGAUAUUUCAAAAUACAUCAGAGAGCACAAGCAAGGAUUUUUCAAUGCCAUGUAAAGAACUGUUGUGUCAUUUAAAGUAAUCAUGGAUGAAAGGAGGGUAGUGGAUUAUUUUGUCAUUGCUGGUUUACCUGGCCAAGACAGUGAUUUCGAUAAUGAUAAUGAGACUAAUGAAAAAUUAGAGGAUUGGUAUCAGGAAGGAACACACGUGAAAGAUAUGAACAUGAAACCUCCUAUUACCGAUCUUGCCAUAAUAUUCCCAGCAUUAGGUGAAAAAUGUCCAGAAGGAUACGUGUUGUUAGAGCAAACUGUAACAGGCUUUCCCGCUGACCUAAAUCAUGGAAGUUUAAGAACAAACGAAUGUUUUUUGUGUUAUCGGCGAGGUCGUGACAAACCACCAUUAGUCGACAUAGGUGUAAUAUAUGAUGGCAAGGAACGUAUAAUGCAAGAUGCCGAAAUGAUAUUAGAAACUCCAACUGGACAUUCGGCUAAUGUAAAUAACUCAACAGCGAAAAUAUUUGUCACAUAUAGACGCGCGAGUCGUAAAAUGCCGUGUAAUUCGUUGGUUGUCACUGACAUUUGCGUAAUACUGAUGAACAAGGGAGAAACUCCCCCGCACGCGUUUUGCAUUAUCAAUAAAAAUUUGAACAAAGGCAUGCUGGGCAGCGAUGUAUACUUGUGUUACAAAAAGUCAAUGAACCGGGCGAAUUUAAUAUCGUUUAAGCCCGCAAUAUUGUACAAAUAUCCUACAGGCGAUUACAGUAGCUUCGUAUUCCCAAAUUCCGUGGCGAUGUUCUGUUUGCCAAUGGGAGCGACGAUAGAAUGUUGGCCGAAAGUCGCUUGCAAACCUAAGCCAGUGUUCUCGACGUUCGUUUUGACAGUUGCCGAUGCAGCUCAAAAAAUAUAUGGAUCGGCGAUAACAUUUUACGAAGAAUUAGAAUUAAAAUUGGAUAUUUCAAAUUUCAAGGAGAAUCAACAACCAACCGAUGUACUCAUGGAGAACAUGAAAAAUUCUGUCGAACACGCUGAAAUCGACUAUCAGCAAUUGAAAAUGAAAACAUACAAGCAGUCUGGAAUACUUAAGAAGCUGACUGCAGCGCAGUUGGAAAAAUUGCAAUACACGAAUCCCGCGACUCAAUCGUUGAACAUCAGUAAAUCUAUUUGCAUUCUGUCUCACUGGCCGUUCUUCGACACGUUUGAGAAAUUUUUAGUUUUCUUACACAGCAUGUGCGACAACAAACCGCAACAAGUUCCUAUCGAGAAAUAUAUAGCAUAUUUUUUGUACGACAUACCGUUUCCAAGUCCACAGAGACCAAGAAUUCUCGUCCAGUUAAGCUCCAAGAACAGGUUGAUUUUGACUCAACCGGAAGACUUGGCGUUACCUAGAUCCGGUGCCAGUUUCCGACAGUUACUCAUCAAUCUGGGACCCGAUAAUUGUUUAUUCAUACUGUUGUUAAUCCUUACCGAACAAAAGAUACUUGUACAUUCGUUACGUCCUGAUGUCCUCACGUCAGUCAGCGAAGCUAUUGCCAUGAUACUAUUCCCGUUUAAAUGGCAAUGUCCGUAUAUACCGCUGUGUCCUCUUGGAUUGGCCGAAGUUCUACAUGCUCCAUUGCCGUUUCUGAUAGGUGUAGACUCCAGAUUCUUUGAUUUAUACGAUCCACCCGCAGACGUUAAUUGUGUAAAUUUAGACACAAACAAUAUAGCACUUUGCGAAGAUAAGAAAUACUUGCUUGUGAAAUUAUUACCAAAGAAAGCUGCGAGACAGCUCAGAAAUUGGCUGGAGCAUCUUUAUUCGAAGUUGAUCUCUUUAGGAAAAAGUUAUUCAUCUAUGAAAGACAUGGACGACGAAGAAUUUAGUGUGGAUAAAGAAUUUCAGCAGAAACGGAAAGAACAAGCUUUAGAACUCGAGAUACAGGACGCUUUUUUAAGAUUUAUGGCUACGAUACUUAAAGGAUAUCGUACUUUCUUAUUACCGAUCACAAAAGCGCCAACAGUCGGCACUACUGAUCCAACUAGUUUAUUUAACAUAGAUGCAUUUCUCAGAAGUCGAGAUAAGGCUCACGCGAAGUUUUAUAAUAUGUUAGUGAAAACACAAAUGUUUAUAAGAUUUAUAGAGGAAAGAAGUUUUGUGUCUGAUAUGGACAUGGCAGGUUUAGCCUUUUUUGACGAAUGCACCGAACGUAUCGAAGAAGAAAAUGGUAAGACGACUGUAGUUAAACGAAAUAUCACACAUUUUGUGUAUUUAAAUAUGUAUGUUCCAGUGCCUCUAUUGGAAUUGGAUGAAUCUCAACAUAGCGAACGGACAGUAUUUAUACCUCCGCCCGAUCCUGGUCCAAAUCAAUCGCCGGUAGUAUAUCGCACAUUUAAAUUGAAUCCUGAUCUGAUAAGACCACAGAAAAAUUUCACUAUACGAAAUCCGAAUUUAAGUGCCUUCGGAAUAGUACCGGGAAGUCCUAUGGCACGUAGAACGAAGCACGAAAUAAAGGUAGCCCAAAGGAUGGCACGUAAACAGGCAGCGAUGCCAGACAGAUGGGGUAGAUGUCUACUGGGAACCUGUUACAGCCUUUGGUUUUUGCAUCUACCAGCGAUGUUGCAAGUCUCCAGUCAACCUGCUGCGAUUUUACACCAAGCCUACGAUCUGCUGGUUAAAAUGCCGAAGCUGCAUCUCGAUCCUAUCGAAGAAGUAUGCUACAGAGCUAUGAUGCAGCUAUGCGGCGUUUACGGGCAGCCCGUUUUGGCUGUGAAAUUAUUAUUCCACAUGAAACGUAGCGGCGUUCAACCAAACGCUCUUACAUAUGGAUUUUAUAAUAAGGCUGUACUCGAAGCAACUUGGCCAUCAGACAUGACAAACUCGAGCCAGCUGAUGUGGAAUAAAUUAAGAAACGCUAUAGUCGGUGCAGCUUUGUUUAAAAGAGCUGGUAAAAGAAGCGCCAGGAGGAGAUUAAGUUCGAACGCGGAAUUAUUGUCGGUCGAUGGAAAGAUCGCAAGUAUGGAGCAUGCAUUUUCUAGAUCUAGCCUCGACAGUUCUCACUCUCAGGACACGGAAGCCGCCAGCCACAGCGAUUCUACUAAGGCGAGUUCUGUCUCAGAUCUCCCAGAAUACGGACCUUUCGAAAUAAAGAAACUUCCUCGACAAAAUAGCAUCGUUAAAGAUUCGGUAUUAAAUGCUUUACAAACGGAAGAGUUCGAAAAUUUAACUCAAAGAGUAAUUCGGAAUGUAGACUCGCCGUUAAAAAGUCCUGUUCGUACACCAGUCACGGAAAAUGAUCCCUUAGGCGCUUUAAUUAACGACGAUAAUACACCUAUCGUUUCACCUUCCGAGGAGAAUGAUUCAAAUUGCUCGACGAGCACUUUGACUGUUCUUAACAACGUCGAGGAUCGACCGGGAGGACCCCUUUUAUUCCGCAGUAACGUCUUGCCUCGCAGUGCAACUUUCCAUCAAACAGUAGACGAAACGGGCGUAACGAUAGGCGGCCAGUUACAAAGAAGUGAAACUAUGCCACAUUCAGUCGCACAGCAAGGUGAACAAGACAAAGAAAGAGAGAGAGUAGAAAUAAGUAGCAGUCUUUGGUCACAGAAGGACAGUGUUACCUCGAGUCUUUCAAGUUUAGGUUCCAGUUUGAAAUUAAGUUUUGGUCCUACCAGUCUUACAGGGAAGAAAUCGAAUGAAAUAAUACUCGGUGGUUUGAGCAGCUUGAAAUCUGCUGCUACGACAGUGGUAAAGAAGUUCGAUGAAAUUAAAGAAGCUAUUUCCGCGACUAGUACUCCUGUAAAAUUGAAGGAACGCGAAUACAGAAUGUCGCACGGAGCAUCCCACGAAUCACUGGAUUCCAUGACAGAUGGUUCUUUGCAAGAUAAAAAUGAACCGCUCAAGUUAUCCGGAGAUGGCUUAGACCCUUACGCGUUAUACGAUCUUGCCGAGUCUCUGUAUCCAAAGGGAUCGAGAGAAUUGGAUGAACGAAUCGCUAUUGAGCUAAUUCUUUCGAGCGCGAGUAGGUGCCAUCAUUGCGCUUCUAUUCUUUACGACGAAGAGAUAAUGGCUGGGUGGCAACCGGAGGACUCGAAUUUAAACACAGUAUGCCAAUACUGUGAUAAAGCGACAGUACCUCUGCUAACUAUAACCAUAUUAGAUUACAGAUGUGAGGAAAACGAAAAGAAGAGCGAUCCUCUCAUGGGAGCUUUGGUUGAGUUGUUAGAUAAACCGAGAGAAUUAUUGGAACCCAUCACGGUGCCAUAUUUGAAUCCUCUAGUUUUAAGAAAGGAAUUAGAAAGCGUUCUGAGUCAAGAAGGUGACACGUGUCUCACUAAGCAUAGAUUCAUCGAGGAACAUCCGAUUGUGUAUUGGAAUCUCAUAUGGUAUUUCGAAAGGAUUAAUUUAACGAGUCAUCUUCCUGAUCUGUGGCUGAGCAACGAUCAGCAGCAGCAGCAGAAACAAGAAAAGGACGAGAUAAGUUACAUUAGCAGUAGCACAGUAGUAGGCGUCAAGACUAUGUGGGACAAUGAAAGACUGCACAUGGAUCGCCUGCCCAUGUACCUCCAAUGGAAAUUGAAUAUCGCGGACGAUAAAAGCUUAAUGCAAUCAGUAAUUACAUAUGUUCGUCGGAACGACCUAGCAGAACCUAUGAGAAGAGUGGCCUUAGAAAGAAGUAAAAAUCAAUCAUCACCUAAUCAACCGCUAUUUUCUAUAUAUCGAGAUAUUUUGUUUCUGGCAUUUACAGUUUUGGGUAGAGGGAACAUCGACCAAGGUGUCUUCGACAAAGAAUACACCUUAUCUCUAGACAGACUAUCAGAGAAAGAACAAAAGUUGUUAAGUAAAAUUGAUGCUCCUCCAUCGACGAUGUCAGUGUUUUGUAGACAUUAUUUUAAACAGCUGAGUGUGUAAAACCUGGAAGGACUGUACGGAACAAAAACGAUGUAACAUAUUGUGAGAAUGACUAGCGUAUUCGUAAAAGAAGAUAUGAUCAAAGAUUCAUCGAGCCUGAACUUUAAUGCGAGACAAAACGUGUAAAAUGUCAAAAUCGGUAGCAAAUUAUACAUUUAGAUAAGCGUGGUAUGGUUAUCAUUUUCGAAUGUAAAUUGGUAAGAUGAUUACAAUGUUGUUUUUAAAACUAUAGAUCUUUUUUUCAUAUACAUAAAUAUAUAUGUAUAUAUAUAUAUAUAGAGACAGAGAGAGAGAGAGAGAGAGAGAGAAACAAAGGGAGGUAAGAGAGAGUAAAUCAAUAAAAGUCAGUCCAAGAAGCUGGAAAUAUCGAAUCUUCGUUUAUACAAGAACAAACGUUUUCUCAUUUUCAUAUCUAAAAUAACGCAAUUAUUAUUGAUAAUUUUUCUUUAGGUACUAGUUACAUAAAUACACAUUAUACAUACAUACAUAAAUACACAUUAUACAUACAUACAUACAUGCAUACAUAAUACAUACGUAUAUAUUACUUACUUUGUUAUUUACAAUGUGAAUACGCAUAGUUGUACGUGUAAUCGCUAUAAGGAGAAAUCAUCAAGUACCAAAGAAUCUGACUUGAUCUAAAACGUUAUAAAAUUUAGAUGGUUUUAGUUGAUAUCAAUAAACUGACUUUUGAACAUAAAAUUACAUCUUAACACGUCAAGCGCCCUGUCAGUCCCUAGUGAUUGACAGUAUAUUUUUCAGCUUGCGUCAGUUACUGUUGGCGAUAUACAAUUUAAGAAAGUAUAUUCUUCUAUUGAUAAAUUCUAAAUAAUUUGGAGAUCAUAAAGGAAUGUACCUAAAUAUUACUUGUUACCAAAAAAAAUAUUAAUGAAUAUUUUUAAAACACUUAACAACUAAUAAAAUAAUUAACUGCUAAACAGAGAGGCAAGGCAGGCUUGGCGCUUAACGUGUUAAAUAACAUAUUCAUUCGUCAUGACGAAUAUCGAUCGAGCGAUUAUGAUUAAAUUUUCGAAAUGGAACCGUAGCAGAAGCUUCUGAAUUCAAUUUAAGUCCGCUUAAUGCAAUAAAUAAUGUUCAUGUUUGUUACACUUUUAAAUGGAACGACUCGGUAGUGCAUAACCAAAAUAAUUAAGUGAAACAUGCUGUUUAUACUUGUGGUGACAUUAAUAUUAAUUUCUGAUCGUGUAAAAUAGCUCAGGAGGCGUUGCAUUCAAAUUGAUCAAUUAUCUUUUAAUAAUAAUACGAAUAUAAAGAUUAUAUAAAGUGUAAUUCAAUGAUCAUUAUUUGCAAUUAAACAUAAAAUAUAUAUAUAUUUUAAAUUAUA